AUGGCAAAGGAUGCUCUCACUGAGGGUGUAAUCCCUUGUUCUCCAAUCUCUCCAUCUGUUGCUGUGACAGUGGAUGCCCUUGAGUUCUACCAAAUCGCACAUCUAUGUGACCUGCAUUUCUCAAUGCAAGCAUUUGCCAAGACUCUGUGUGAUUUGCAUGCGGUUGAAUAUCAUCGCUACCUCUCAUGUCAACUGACCAUAGCGUUUGAUCUAUAUCUACAGGUCCACUCAAGUGUUGAUGCACUCGUGGCUGAAGUCCUUAAUCGCAACACGCCCAAUUGGCACCUCAAGCAUGCAUGUCCAUCAUGCACUUAUACAUUGGCGGACGAAGAACAACUCACAUUCAAGCUCCUGUACGCCAUGGAUGGCAACAACUCAUUGAAGCGCAUUCUUUGGCGAACACUUUGUGUAGAUGACGAGGACACUCAGUCAUCUGAACUCCCCACAAUGCAACAAACUAAACAGAUGUGGGGAGUGUAUGAUGAAACAGGUAUAUUUAUUGCCAUCUGCCGCCAUGGCUUUAGUCUGGUGAUGGCUAAUAUGGUACAGAGCAGGGAAUUGGCAAAAUAUCCACUUGCUGUGGUUUCGAAGCUUCUGAACACAUUUUGUAGCGACCUCGGUGGUGGAUAUGACAUUGGAUGUCAAUUCAAGACAAUGCUCAACAACAGUUCAUUGGGUACCCGUGCACGAUCCCUCAACUACACAUCGCUGGUCGGUGCUUUUCACGGGCACACUCACAAACGGCUUUGUCAGCUCGACCACCUCGCAACAUAUGUUUCUGGUCUAGGGCUCGAAGACUUGGAGACAUGCGAACAUACCUUUUCGAAGUCAAAUGCAUUAGCGUCGACAAUGCGCUAUGCCAGCAUCUUCCACCAUCAGCAAGGUAUUACAAAUUAUUUCGAACACAAUGAUAACUAUGAGAUGUACGUGAAUUUAUCAAAUUUUCUGUACCAUAACUACAAGCAAGCCCUUGAUAUCAUUUGCGACAGCCAAAUAACGCUACUGAAGCUCAUGCAAGAUAUCAACAUUACCGAGGAAUCUACUUUCGAUGAGUGGUUGAAAGAGGAGAAAGUUUACCUCCAGGGUCUUUGCACCGAGCCUGAGCUCGAGACAUUGCAGAUGGAGUAUUGGCAGAAGUUGGUCAAUCUGAGCGCCAGCAAGAAUGAACUGGAUACUGCCAGCUCACUGUGGACUAUGUCCACACCUUCAAAUGCCCAUAGCUUGGCAUCCGACGAGAGCGCGACAAGACGGCUUGAGAUGACCAGAAGGCAUGCCCUGGAGAACUUUGAGAAGGACUUGGGAGUCCGCUCGCUUGACCAGUUGGAAGGCCUCAUUGUGGCAUGGAUUUUCAAGCUCACCAAAAUGAAUAGGUCUGGCAUGGGCUAUAAGAUGCGCAAACACAUCGCCAAGGCAUUGCAAACUCGUUCUACGGCAAUCAGGAAUGCUCUUGACUGCUAUAAUGCUGCAGUGCAUGCAUUGUCCCCUCCACACUGGACGUUGAAAUGGGAGGAGGUGGUGGAGUAUGCAUUUCUUGCAGACUUCGACCUCCUUCGUGACUCACAUUCCGACGUCUCACAACAGCAAUGGGCAACACCAGCAGCUCGCCAAGCCACUGACUUAUAUUUCAAACACUGUCGUGCAAAAGAAGAGAUCACCCAACUCAAUGUUGAGGUGCGCCGCCUUGCCUCAUAUAUACAUGAUGAGGAUUGCUACCUUUGCGAGUGUCAGCAACCAGCGGAGGCCUUUAGUCCAGCUCUUGCACAUCAGAUCAGCAGGUUCAACUUUCAUCACAUCAAACGCUUGCAAGACAUUGCCAGACUUCCUGGGUUCUCUGGCACCAUUGUCCCUGGAGACUUGAAGCCGCUUGCUACAGAGUCUGCGGAUGAUCUUGAUGAUGAUGAAGAGGAACUAAUGAAUAUGAAGGAGGCUGCCGAAGCCCUACAGAAUGUUCUGCAUAUCGCCAUGGACUCAUGA